AUGGCUCCACAGUGCUUGGAUUCCUCCUGGCCAGAAUCUCCUCCUGGGCUGGUAGAUGGCAAGUUUGGCCAUCUACCAGCCCAGGAAGGAGCCAGGAGAAGACUGACCAGCAGGCCCCAGGCCCUGGUUGGAGAGUGCAUGAAAGAGCAGUGCGGAGACGUGCAGCUAGAACCUCAGGAGUGUCCUGAGGAGGUGGUGGAGGGGCUGCAGCCUGGUGCAUUCAAGAAUAAUUACUUUUUCAACUUUCAAAUAUUAACAGAUGGUGAUCUUCCAAAAUCAACCGAUAGCCUGGAUGCAAACCAUCUACAGAAACUUAUUCAACUGCUAGAGUCUACAGAUGAUCCAUUGAUUCAAGAGCAAAUAUUGGUGACUUUGAGCAACAGUGCAGCCUUCUCUGACAAUCAAGAUAUAAUUCGAAACUUGGAUGGCCUUUCUGUUAUUGGAAAAAUGGUCUCAGAUAGCAUCCCCAAAGUUAAAGAAAAAGCACUGAAUGCACUCAAUAACUUGAGUAUGAAUGUUAAAAAUCAGGAAGAGUUAAAGGAAUACAUUGUACAUGUCUGUAGAGAGAUUGAGUCAUCGCCCUUGGACUCUGAACUGCAACUAGCUGGACUCAGAUUGUUAACAAAUAUGUCUGUUACAAAUAACUACCAUCCUAUGAUGACGCAUUCGAUUCCAUAUUUUUUUCAUUUGCUUUCAGAAGGAAAUGAAAGGACGCAGAUUCAAGUCCUGAAAGUACUUGUGAACUUAUCUGCAAACCCAGCCAUGACAAGACAUCUUCUUGGUUCUCAAGCACCAUCGUUGCUUUCCCUUUUUGACAACUGCAUAAACAAAGAUGUUCUGCUUCGAGCCUUGGUGUUUGUCACAAAUUUGAACAAGAACAUGAAAAAUGCCAGGGGAGCCAUUAUCCAGGAUCAGUACAAUGAAGAUUCGAUUUUUUCUGUGCUCUUUGGAGAUUCUACCCAGUAUGCUCAAAAAUUGGCCUCUUUAUUGCAUCAUCCGGAUACAGAAGUGAAAGAACAAGUCAUUAAAAUAAUAACACAACAGUGAAAUGUUGAAGUGACUUAUCUGAUCAAAAGUUAAUGUUUAUAUUCAGUUUUAAGAUGAAUGUUCUUUCAUGAAAGAGUGAAGUAUGACCUACAGCUCUUAUUUUACUGAGCACUAUUAUAUUACUGUAAGCACGACAGUUGCCCUCAAAGAAUCUCAAUGCAAUAAUACAUCAUGCUUUAGAUUUGCUCUUGGAGUACUCUAAAAUGAUCAUUUGUUUAGCACUGGCAAAGCACCACAUAAAAAUUAGUAUGUAUAUAUGAUGGAGGGAAAGGCCUCUUGGGGAGUGGAAACUGGAGUCCUGAAACACUAAGCUCAAAUUUUUUAAAGGAAACUUAGUAUUAUCUCCUAAUGUUGAAAGCAGAUUUUUUCAUCAUUUUCCCAUGCAUAGAUUUAUGAUCUAUUAUUAUUAUUAUUAUUAUUAUUAUUAUUUAAAAAUCAAUUCUAGGUGUAAUCUAUUAAAGUUUCUCAGCCUGGAGUUUAAUUAUUUUUUUAAAGGAUUAGUUUAGACAUUUAAUGUUUUAUGUAAUUAUAUUAACUUCAAUAUACAUAUGCAGGAAUCUUUUUUGGAGCAUCCAAGUAAAAUUAGUGGCCAAACUAUAAUUUGAAUGGAAGCAUAAUUUAAAAUCAACUCAUAUGAUGUAAAACUUAAGGAAAAUUUCUAAAACAACAAAAACAAAACAAGUAGCUUAUAAGCAUUGUUCCCCCUCUUAGUUUCAGAGUGAAAUUAGUUAAUACAAAACAAAGCACAUACAAGCACUUUGCUGUAUCCCAUCUCAAUUAAACUGCAGUGCAGCCAAAACAAGAAAACAGGCUUUAACGGUUAAUAAAAAGCAAAACAGCAAUUCA